GCUUUUCACAUCUAUGAUACAACAAGGCGAUUGUACUAGGACUGUUUAGCAGCAUUCAUGUCAUCUGCCCACACACAGCUGUCCAGGGUUCUUGCUGACUGAGCAGGCAGUGUGUGCUGCAUUGGGAUCUGCUAGUAUUGGGAUCCUCUGGUUGGGGAGGGCUGGCAGCAGCUACAAUCAGGGCUGAGCAAAACAGGCUGAACAUUAACCCACACAGGACUUGUGAUCGCCUCUCCAAUUCACUUUACUGCAACCUGCACUGUACAUUGAGCAAUGUUAUGAGCUGGGAGCUCCGCCACUCAGACAUGUCAAUUGGGAUUCUAUCACUUGGGAAAGAGGACAAUGAAGACCAUUCAAGCCUGGUUUCGUUUUAUCUUGGCCAUAGAGCCAUUGAAUCUCACACACAGGAAAACCCAGGUCUCAAGGUCUACCAAGGCAUUGUUCUGGGUCACGUCCAGGUAGCAGUGUAUGAAUAUUCUGACUGGGAUGCAUUUGACAAUGACACACAGGGAUCUCAGAACAGACUUCAAGAAACAGAUAUUGUUGUAAUCAAGUUCUCGGUCAAUGACAAGGCUUCGUUUCUGAAUAUAAAGAAUCAUUUUGUGCCGGUGGUAAAGCAAAUCUUCAGCCAUGGUUUUGUUCCUGUUCUGGUUCUGGCCAUUGGUACUAGACAAAAUGAUGGUCCAUUGUGUACUUGUCCUAUGUGCUCCUCAGACAGAGAGGUUUCUGUCACUACUAAUGAAGGGCUUCAGCUUGCCAAGGACAUAGGGGCAACCUAUCUAGAACUGCUGGCUCUGAAUUACUUCUAUGUAGUGAAAUACUUUGGUGGAGUGUUGGAAUAUUACAUAAACAAGACUAUCCACCGCAAGUCAGUUGUAAUGGGAAAGAAAAAAAAGGAUUGGAUUAAACCUCCAUCUCUUCUACUACCAGAAAAGAUGCCAGUGUUAAAACAUGAACCUUCACGAUAUAUAUCGGACAUGCAGGAUCUGCUGGUUCGCUGCCAAUGUGAGGAUGUCAUCUUCUGUACAGCGGAGUUAAGGCCGGUGUGUGGAGCCCACAGAGUAGUGCUGUGUAGUGUCAGUCCUGUCUUUGCGCUCCUUUUUGCCGCUACCUCGUGCAGAAAUAUCUCUGACCCCUGCAUAUACAAGACAGCACAUUUCCUAUUCUCUCUGUAUGAAGAAUCUGCAGGCACUGCACACAAUUCUCCAGUCAGAGUCAUUGUUAAAGACUGCGACUUCCAUACGUGCUUACCCAACAUUCUUAACUUUAUUUACUCAGGCACAUCUAAGUGGGAUCUGCUGGAACAACAGAUUAAAGAAAAACUAAAAAAUGGGGAAAAAGUUGAACAUGUCUGUCACCUAGUACAAUGCGUGCUUAAGAAACCCAGCCAGGGAAGACCUUUAACAGAUGAAUCUUUUCCACACUGUAAGAAUCCACUUCAGCUGUGUGAGUCUCUUGGACAGUUUUUUAACAAUCCAUUAUUGGCGGAUGUGAUCUUCCAAGUACAAGACUCAAAGAUCCCAGCACAUCGAGCAGUGCUGGUGGCUCGUUGUGAUGUCAUGUCUGCCAUGUUCAGUGGAAGUUACUCUGAAGCAAAUCAAAUUGUUAUUCCUAUUCACGACAUGUCCAAAGACACGUUCCUUGCUUUUCUGGAGUAUAUUUACAAAGAUUCAUAUUGCCCUGCCAGCAUUCUACAAGCCAUGUCACUGAUGAUUUGCUCUGAGAUGUACCAGGUGUCUCGAUUACAACAUGCAUGUGAACAUUUUAUCAUCACUCAGCUACAGAGCAUGCCAAGCAGAGAGCUGUCAUCGUCAAGCCUAAGUGUGGUCAGUCUCCUUAAAAAAGCCAAGUUUUAUAACUCUGAAAGUCUGUACACUUGGCUGCUCUAUUUUAUUGCUGCACACUAUUUAAUCUUCAGUCAGAAGUCGGACUUCCAAGAUCUUUCAGCUGAAGAACUGGAGUUUGUAGAAAAACACAGAUGGCCUUCAAACUUUUACUUGAAUCAGCUUACAGAAUAUAGAAGAUAUAUCCACUCCCCGAAACACAGAUGUGUUGUUUUGUGAACAGAGCAUGUCAUGCAUUCAGCACUAAAUUAUUACUGAUCUUCAGGUCAAAAUCAUUUUUUUAUAUAUAUUUUUGCUAUGGCGUUUAACACUUACCUCUAGUUACUAUGAGAUGUACAAUUUAUUAUACUAGGCUUUAUGAAAAAUAAUAAAAUGGCAUCUGCUGA